UGCCCUCCCAUUCAUAAAAUAGCCAUUUUCCCAGGCAGCGGCUGUUGCGGCACGGCGGCGGAGCGGGGCAGCCGCUGACAGCGGCGCUCGCAGGUCCCUGCCGCGGGCCCCGGCCGGGCGAUGGUGCUGGGCGCGCUGCUGCCGGACACUUACGAGCAGAUUUCUCACCAGUAAUCAGGCUGCUUCAUCAAUGGAGCCCCGGAUUCCCCACAACAUCACCGUUGUCCCGAAUUCUGUGAUGGUCCAGCCCUUGCUGGACAGUCGGAUCCCCUAUGGGAGGCUGCAGCACCCGCUCACCAUCCUGCCCAUCGACCAAAUGAAGACGACCCACAUAGAGAACGACUACACCGACAACCCCGCCGCUUCCCAGCUGGCAGCCCAGAAGCGCCCCCGGGGCCCCCAUGAACUGGUCCUGACCAACCCGCACCUGCAGCGGUGCGAGCAGGACGUCACCCACCCCUGGAUCUCGUUCAGCGGGCGCCCCAGCUCCAUCAGCAGCAGCAGCAGCACGUCUUCAGACCAAAGGCUCUUGGACCACAUGGCCCCCGUGCCCGUGGCCGAGCAGUCCUCGCCCCGAGCGGUUCGCAUCCAGCCCAAGGCGAUUAACUGCAAACCCCUGGACCUGAAGGGGCCCGUGUCUCAGGAACUGGACAAGCACUUUCUCCUGUGCGAAGCCUGUGGGAAAUGCAAGUGCAAGGAGUGCGCGCUGCCCCGGACUCUGCCGUCCUGCUGGGUGUGCAACCAAGAGUGCCUCUGCUCGGCACAGAACCUGGUCAACUACUCCACCUGCAUGUGUCUCGUCAAGGGCAUCUUCUACCACUGCACCAACGAGGACGACGAGGGCACGUGCGCUGACCACCCCUGCUCCUGCUCCCACUCCAACUGCUGCGCCCGCUGGUCCUUCAUGAGCGCCCUCUCCCUGGUGCUGCCCUGCUUGCUCUGCUACCUGCCCGCCACCGGCUGCGUCAAGCUGUCCCAGCGAUGCUACGACCAAGUGAGCCGGCCCGGAUGCAGAUGCAAAAACACAAACAGUGUCAUUUGCAAGGCGCUGCCGGAGAGCAAAGCCAGCAGGCCAGAGAAGCCUUUUUGAUAAUUCGGGAAGACGGGAGUGGGGGGGGGAUGCACCCCACGGGUGGAGCUCUGUCUUUUUCAUAACCUGUGUUCUGAGGAUAGCGUCAGCCUUUUGCCUUCGGAGAAAGCAAGAAGCAAAUAUUUCCACAAACUGAAGCACUUUGGGUCAUUCAGGGUUUCGGAACCGGUCAGAAUCCAACUAGAUGGGGCCAAAGGAGGAAUCUCAAUCAUUUGGAGUGAAGGCUGAAAACCCACGUCCAUCACUAAGUCCAGCUGCUUACCGACUCCUGGUUCGGCCAGCCACCCACCACAGGAACCACGAGCUGCUCACUGGGCAGGCUCCAGCACAAGCAAUACCAUUCCCGUUGGCAGAGAGCUGCCCUGGGUUCACCUUCAGCGUGGGGCUCCACUUUUCACUCCCUCUCCGACCUCCAAUUUGCUACCAGCAGCCUGCUGGGGGUGGCGGCUUCGCUCCCGCCUCCCUUCUCCCCACCUGCUCGCCGUUAGGAGGGCCAGCUGCACACAGCGAGUUUCCCUAAUGCUUUCUGUGUCCCUCAGAGGGUUGGAGCCAGAAGUCAACACGCAGUUUGUCCACGCUAGGGUCUCGUAGCAUCUCGGCGUGUUGCUCCGGUUGGUGCCCACGUACCUGGGGGCUGUACAAGCAGAAGGCCGGCGGGGCUCCGCACGUCGUGCCAACAUCGUGCUGCUCUGCCCGUCAGUUAGCUGCUGCAGCAGGCUUCGGCCAGGGUUUAUUGAUUUUAAUCAACAGUACAAACCUCCUGCAAAAGGGUUUCCUUCAGAUCCCAUCCACCACGUGUGCUUGCUCCCCAGAUGCUGGAGCGAGGGCGAUUUCAGCGUAAUCCAUGAAGCUGAGAUGUUCAGUGUUGGUUUGUUUCUCUGAAGCUCUCGAGCUACGUUAAGAUGUCACAUAAACCUAAGUGUAGGAUACACGUAGACGUAUUUUUAUAAGGAUAUCAACCCAGUACCUCCUCUCCUGGAACAAGCUCUUCUUUGCUCAUUAAAUAUUAAGAUUAUUAUUUUUUCCAUCCCGGGAAGAAUGGCAUCUGCUUGAAUUACAUCCCAUGCCCCCAUUUCUAUUGCUGCUGUUCUACUUUUGCCUCCUCUGUACAAAAAUGUCUUUUCAAGUGUAGAGAAUGCUUUUAAUGUUUGGUUUGGUGUUAACACGUGCUAGGGAAAGCCAGGGGAGGAAAGGGAGCGUAUUGAAAGAAUUUGCCCGUGGUCUUCAGUAAGUGAAUAUCAUCGGCUCUGUGCACUCAUCCUAGGGCCUGUUCUGCACUCCCCGAAGGUGCAGUAACCCCUUGUUCUUCACAACUCCAAGGUGCUAAAUACAAAUAUUUGUCCAAACAUGCAACACUGUAAUAAGUAGGUUGGUACUUGUUGCAUGCUGAAAGCUGAUCUAGUCUCUCUUUUCUCUUUUUCUUUUUUUUUUUUUUUUUUUUUAACUAGAGGAAAUUUCCUCAGUAAAUGCACAGCAGUGACAGUGAAAUGUCAUCUCUAAUUAGAAAAGCAAUAGGCAGAGCUCAUGUAGCACUUCCAGGAAUCCCAUUUGCUUGGUUGCAAUACAGUUGCUGCGUAGGGGUUGGCAGGAGCGCACUGAUGGGACUUCUGGUGUCUUUUGUUUUAAGAAUUCAUUUACCCUGAAUGACUUGGGGUUUAGUUAGUUAAGUUUAGCUGUAGAUAUUUAUUGAAUGGGAAAUUAAAAAAAAAAAAAAAAAAAAAAGGUUUUAUAUUUAUAACGUGCUAGCGUGUAUGUGAUAAAUCAUAGGAAAAGGGAUACGAUGUCUGUUACCAGAUACCAGUUCCUAUGGUUUAUCCUUGUGCUGAACACAUGGCGACACCAGAAAGAAGGAAGCAGGUGGGGAUCAGGGGUUGUACAUAUUAUCUUGCACAAAUGAGAAGGGAAAAGGGAAAAGGAAAACCAGCCCCCAGUCAGCUGAACUGUUGGUUGAAUGUAUAAGGUAUACGUAUUUAAUAAGAGAAAUCAUUUUCCGAAGACACAAUCUGGCCAGAAAAUGCAGCAGGAGAGGAAGCUGCCUGACGCCCUCCUCUAGUGGCGGUGUACACAGUACCCAAGCGGCCUCCACCUUCAGCUUCGUGCCAUUUCGACCCGCGGCUCUUCGUGGGGAAUCCGUACCGAAAAUCGGCGGCAGCAAACCCCUUUGUGUAGAUGCAUGGUUCCUGCAAGCAAACGCGACGUCGGAGCGGUCGCCCCUGUGCCAGCCUGCAGGCCUCCCACUGCUGUGCCCUUCCUUGUACAUAGCUGUAAACUAUUUCUCUGUUGGUUUCUUUUCCUGUAUAAAUCCUGCCAUGAUGUAAGCCGAUCACUUGCUGGCGGACUGUAACGCGUUCGUGGAUGUGUUAGAGCAGUGGUAAAUGUAGCAGAGUGACUCCCUGACCCUCGGGCUCCCCGCGCCACGGGGCAGCUCGGGGGUGGCAGGAGCUGGCUGGCGCUGCCCCCCCUGCUCCGGGGCCGCGGGGCUUUAU